AUGUCGCUCACCAAUGGAGGUUCUACUACUGCUGUCAAACGCAAGGCGACCACUUCCCCCGGCCCCAGCAAAAAACCGAAGAGCGCGCCCUCAAGGUUUGACCACUCGCGCAAAGAAGAGGAGUACAUCGUUGAUCGCGAAUUCUACCCACCUCAGAUGUCGAAUGAGCGCUGCGCAAUGUACAAGAACAACGAGCUCGAGCGGCCGAUAGAGACGCUUGAGAAGGCCCAGAAGGAAACAAAGGCCUGGCGAGAUAAAUUGCCUGUUAAGGAUGCUGUAAUUCACUGGUUUAAAUCCGACCUCAGACUUGCAGACAACAAGGCCUUGCAUUUGGCCUCGGAGAAGGCAAAAAGCAAGAACGUCCCCUUAAUCUGCCUAUACGUGGUGAGCCCUCAGGAUUUCAAGGCACAUGCAAGGAGUCCUGUCCGAGUCGACUUUAUGUUGCGGUCAUUGCAGGUGCUGAAGGAGGAUCUGGACGAAUUCGAUAUCCCCCUUGUCAUUCUAAUUGAAGAGAAGCGAAAAAACAUUCCCAACUUAAUACUUGAGCGCUGCCAACAGUGGGGCGCUUCACAUUUGUUUACCAACAUUGAGUAUGAGGUCGACGAAUUACGGAGAGAAGCAUUGCUCACAAGAAAGGGAGUUGAGUCAGCUGUUGCGGUGGAUACUGUGCAUGAUACAUGCGUAAUUCAACCAGGACUACUGUCCAGUGGUAGUGGAAGUCAAUAUUCGGUGUACAGUCCAUGGUUCCGGGCAUGGCUAUCGUAUCUACAUACUCAUUCAUACCAUCUCAAGCUAUACGAUGAACCGAAGAACAACCCAUCAAUUACCAGAGAAAAGUUUAAAGAACUUUUCAAUUGGCCAAUACCCGAUGCGCCUGACAACAAGCGAUUGACGGACCAGGAGAGGAAGCGCUUUGAAAGCAUGUGGCCAGCAGGCGAGCACGAAGCUCGCGAUCGCGUAUGUAAAUUUGUCAACGAAAGGAUCAAAACUUAUAAAGAAACCCGCAACUUCCCAGCCGCGAACGCUACCGCUGUCGUCUCUGUCCACCUUGCUGCGGGCACUCUGUCAGCGCGGACGGCAAUAGCUAUGGCACAGGAAAGCAACACGACAAAGAAGUUAGACGGAGGCAUCUCAGGGAUCGCAGGUUGGAUCUCUGAGGUCGCAUGGCGCGAUUUUUAUCGACAUGUUCUUGUGCACUGGCCUUAUGUUUGCAUGAAUAAGCCAUUUAAGCCAGAAUUCUCUGGUAUACAGUGGGAAUACGAGAACCGGAUGUUCGAAAAAUGGAGUCACGGUGUGACCGGCUAUCCUUUCAUCGACGCUGCUAUGCGGCAGCUGAACUUUUCCGGUUACAUGCACAAUAGAGCGCGCAUGGGUGUUGCAUCCUUCCUCGCAAAGGACUUGAUGAUUGACUGGCGGAUGGGCGAGAAGUACUUUAUGCUGCACCUCAUAGAUGGCGAUUUUGCUUCGAAUAAUGGAGGCUGGGGCUUCUCAGCAUCCACAGGAGUCGAUCCUCAACCGUAUUUCAGGAUUUUCAAUCCAAUACUGCAGUCCGAGAAGUUUGAUCCUGACGGAGAGUAUAUCAGGCGCUGGGUUCCCGAGCUGGCACAUGUACAAGGUAAAGCGAUUCAUGAUCCGCACGGUAGAGGAGCGAAGGGCAUCUUGGCGUAUCCGAAGAUGUGCGUGGAUCACAAGACAAGUAGGAACCGAGCAUUGGCUAGGUACAAAGCCGGUUUGGGGCGAGAUAAUGCCUGA